AUGGAAGCUAUACUGAGAGAGCAUGCUCACCUGGGAGCACGGGGGUCACAGAUUGUGGUGGCGAGACUUCGAGAAGAGAUCGUGUGUCUGGAGAAGGUGGUUGAAAAAGCUGGGCCGCUGGAGAAGAUGGUGCGGGAUUUGAGGAAAGAGCUCGAUGAGGUGAAGCAGCAGCGCAACGGGCUGCGGCAGCAGCUGAGGAAUACCCAGGAGCACAGAGGGAGGCUAAGUCAACAAAUUUUGGAAGCUCAAGAUAUUUCCCUUCAGGUUCUGCGUGACUGCGUGAGAGAAAUCGACAGAGUUCCAGCACAAGGAGUGCAGCAGCUGGUGCGAGCAAUAAAUGAUCAGAUUCAGCAUGUAUUGGAGGAAGAAGGGGAGGAUAUCAUAGAGGUCACUCCAGAGCCCAAGAUAGACAAGAUAGGGAACUUUCCCAUGGCAUUGGAGGGAGUCCUCGCUGUGACAGCGUAUUGGUAG